ACCAAAUCUUUGGACAAAAGUGAAGUAAAUGUGGAAACUGCGGUCAAAUUUGGUUGGAUUCAAGGAGUUCUUGUCCGAUGUCUGCUCAAUAUAUGGGGAGUUAUGCUAUUUAUGCGGCUGUCUUGGGUGGCCGCCCAGGCAGGCAUUGGUUUAGGAGCUAUGGUUAUCAUAUUGGCCACUGUUGUUACGACUAUCACAUCGAUAUCGAUGUCCGCUAUUUGUACGAAUGGAGAGGUCAGAGGCGGUGGAACUUAUUAUAUGAUUAGUCGGUGUUUAGGACCAGAGUUUGGCGGAGCAAUUGGUGUGAUCUUUGCAUUAGCUAAUGCAGUGGCCGUUGCCAUGUAUUCGGUGGGCUUUGCAGAGGCCUUAAGAGAUUUGCUUCUGGAUAAUGGAAUGUCUGUGAUAAAUGGAGGUCUAAAUGAUAUCAGAAUAUUAAGUUCUUGCGCUGUCUUAGCAAUGCUUGCAAUCGCUUUAAUCGGAACCGAAUGGGAGACUAAGGCUCAAAUAGUUUUGCUGAUAAUUCUAUUGACAGCAAUGGCUGAUUUCCUCAUUGGAUCAGUGAUUCCUCCAAAUAAUGAAAAGAAGUCCAAGGGUUACAUUGGUUGGUCCGGUGAGCUCUUAGUCGAGAACUUUAUGCCCCGAUUCGUCGGCGAAUCCUUUUUCUCCGUGUUUUCGGUGUUCUUUCCGGCGGCCACUGGCAUACUGGCCGGCGCUAACAUAUCCGGAGAUCUUAAAGAUCCGCAACAAAGUAUUCCUCGGGGAACCCUUUUGGCCAUCUUUAUAACGACAAUCAGUUAUCUGUUGUUUCUCUUCAUAUGCGGGGCCACUGUUCUCAGAGAUGCCAAUGGAAUGGAGUCAAUGGUCGCACAAAACCCCCACGAUUUCGUGGAAUUGAUAUCGAAUUGCACUUUAUAUGGGAGCAGUGAUUGCAAGUUUGGUUCAGCAAAUAAUUACCAAAUAAUAGAAUUGGUUUCAGCGUUCGGUCCCCUCAUAUACGCGGGUAUAUUCGCCGCCACCCUAUCCUCAGCUCUGGCCAGUCUAGUGAGCGCUCCUAAAGUAUUUCAGGCUCUCUGUAAAGACAAACUGUUCCCAUAUAUUGAAUAUUUUGGCAAAGGGUUUGGAAAGAACAAUGAGCCGCGAAGGGGUUACAUAUUGACCUUCGCUAUCGCCCUUUCCUGUUGUAUUAUUGGAGAUCUCAAUGCAAUCGCACCCAUUAUUUCAAACUUUUUUUUGGCCGCUUAUUGUCUGAUAAACUUUUCCUGUUUUCACGCGUCAUUUGCUAAGUCCCCGGGUUUUAGACCGGCCUUCAAAUUCUACAAUAUGUGGCUCAGCCUUAUCGGUGCUAUUCUCUGCCUAAUCGUUAUGUUUAUAACACAUUGGUCCACAGCUUUGGGUACUUUUGUCAUUAUAUUAGGCCUAUAUGUUUGGAUUCUCUACAGAAAGCCAGAUGUCAAUUGGGGCUCAUCCACUCAGGCACAGACCUAUUUGAGAGCUUUGCAUUCUGUGUAUCGGCUCAAUUUAGUGCCCGAUCACGUCAAGAAUUUCAGACCUCAAAUUUUGGUACUGACCGGAAAUCCUAUUUCUCGACCACCUCUCGUCGACUUUGCUAAUUGUAUUUCUAAAGGAAUUGGACUUUUAGUGUUCGGACAUGUGAUCGAUGGCCCUAUAUCUCAAAGAGCUCGCAAUUCUCUAAUCCAAAAGUCCAACCAAUGGCUUAUAAAUAGAAAAGUUAAGGGAUUUUAUAAUCUAUUGGAAGAAGAAUCUCUGGCUAAAGGAGUGAAGUCAAUGAUUCAUUCGGUAGGAAUGGGAAAAUUGCGGCCAAAUAUUGUAAUGAUGGGAAUGAAGACUGAUUGGCAGAACUGUGACGAAGGGUUCUUAGAUUACUUCGACACUAUUCAUACUGUGUUUGACAGUCAUUUAGCACUUGUUUUGAUUCGUUUGCCAAAUGGUUUGGAUUACUCGGGUUUCGAGAAGAUUCCAGAGAUGUUAGAAAACACUGGCAAUGGAAUGGUGUCUUCGGCUCCCUAUUUGAACGCCUCGUACAUCGAUGUAAGCAUUGAUGCGUCCAAAGAAGAUAUCACACAAAACGGAAAUCAUUUGUCAGUCUUGAAUGUAUCUCAUCGAGACAGCUUUAGCGACUCGACGCCAUCGACUCCCUGUUCACAACGACAUGAGAUUUCACAACAGCCUUACUCUGUGUCCAACAAUCCUUCCGGAGUGAACGCUACGAAAGAUAUACCCAAAGAUGUAUUACUGGCUGUCAAUCAGUUUCAAAACAAGCAGCAGAAAGGCUUUAUCGACGUCUGGUGGCUGUACGACGACGGAGGACUCACUCUUCUGUUGCCCUAUUUGUUGAGCACAAGAAAGCAGUGGAAAGGAUGCAAACUAAGAGUCUUUACGUUAGCCAACAGGAAGGCUGAGUUGGACACAGAACAGAGGAAUAUGGCCACUCUUCUCAGCAAAUUCAGAAUCGAUUACUCGGAUGUGAUCGUCAUUUCCGAUAUCGUUAAACCCCCGCAAGAGUCCACUAAACAAGAGUUCAAAGAAUUAAUCUCCAAAUGGAGAAUAAAAGACAACGAAAGCAAUAAUUGUGAGACAAUUACUAAUGAAAAUAAUGAUAAAUUGGUUAUAACUGAGUCUGAAUUGGUUGCUCUCAGAGAUAAAAAUAACCGUCAUAUGAGACUUCGGGAACUACUGAACCGCUAUUCUAAAGAGUCUUCGCUUAUUGUAAUGACACUCCCGAUGCCCAGGAAAGGCACCUGUUCUGCGCCUCUAUAUAUGGCAUGGCUUCAGAUGUUAACACAAGAUAUGCCGCCAUUUAUAUUCAUAAGAGGCGAUCAGACAAAUGUUCUCACAUUUUACUCUUAAUUUAUUUUUUAAUCUGAUUUUAAUUUAUUUUAGCCAAUAAUCUUACUCUGCAUUUAUAUCAUAAAUGGUUUUUAGCAAC